AUGCCUGGGCAGCACAAAUUACCGUCCUCAUUCACACUCCUUGACGCUUUUGCUUCAGAUGAGGUUGACGGGUACGAGGUUUCCAGGAACCUCCCGCGACGGUCUGGGAACUCCGCCCCAAUAGCCUACGGCGGCUUCGCACUCUCCCUGGCUGUACACUCGGCUUACCGAAAGGUUCCCAAUGGAUAUCAUCUGCACUCAGCAUCCGGAUGCUUUCUACGAGCCGCCUCCACGCAAGAGAAAUUGCGAUGCAAGGUCAACGAACUACGCCGAUCCAACAGCUUUAUCACCCACCGCGUUACAGUCGACCAGCUUAAAAAUGGAAAUUAUCAUGCUUGCAUGGAAAUUCUGAUGGACUUCCACAAGAUGGAGCCAUCUCUAUUAGAUUACUCGGCCCCCCCGUCACGAACGUACAGAAACUGGCGUGACUGCCCUACCUGGGAUGAAAUCCGAGCCGAGUGGGUAGAAGACGGCAGGACGACGUCGACACAGUCACACAUGUUUGAUACCUUGUUCGGCCUUUCCAAAGGCCUGUAUGAAUGUCGACCAUGCCCUGAGGGAAUUGCAUCCCAGAAUCUGAACGGCAUGGCCAAGGAUACCCACACCAGUCAAGACGGGCUUCAUCCUACCGACAAGUCAUCGGCUGACUGGAUCCGAGUCCACAGCCAGCUGCAAUCCGAAGCUGAACACAUGGCAAGCCUGACCUUCAUUAUGGACGCAGCACUUUCUUUCCUGCCUCUGGUGCAUAACCACUUAUUCUUUGAAGAUGUAGCUGCAUGCGCCAGUCUCGAGUUUGCGUUGAGAUUCUUUUCUCCUCACAUCAAUAUUAACCGUUGGCAUCUUCGGGAAGCCAUCAGCCACCGCGCUGGAGCUGGCCGGACCUACAGUGAAAGUCGGGUGUGGGAUGAGGAGGGAAACUUGGUGGUUUCCAUGUCACAGCAAUCGAUCUGCCGCGUGAAAACCAGUACUUCGAGACUUUGA